CUCCAACACCACCACCUUCCUCUGACUCCCCCCCUCCGGCCCGGUCUCCCCCUCCCUUCUCUCAGUAUAUGGGGCUGUGAGUGUGCGCGCUGGUGGAUCUCUGCACUGCAGCCUCCUCCUCCUCCUCCUCUCCCGGAGCAUCGCUGCAGUGUUAGGCAUCAGCCGCUGUCAAGGGAAGAGAAGGAGCCGGAGAGGUUAGAAGCGGGAGCCGUGCAGGAUGCUCAAUAACCUGACAGAGUGCGAGGAGGGAGAAGGGGGCCCCAGUCAAGGAGAUGGAAAUCCCAAAGAGAGCUCUCCAUUCAUUAACAGCUCAGAGAUGGACACAGGAAAGAACAUGGCUCUAUUUGAGGAGGAAAUGGACACCAGUCCCAUGGUAUCCUCACUCCUCAGCGGCUUGGCCAAUUACACAAACCUGACACAAGGUGUGAAGGAACACGAGGAAGCAGAGAACAAUGAGGGCGGAAAGAAGAAGCCAGUCCAGGCACCCCGGAUGGGCACCUUCAUGGGGGUCUACCUACCCUGCUUACAAAACAUUUUUGGAGUGAUCUUAUUCCUACGUCUCACCUGGGUGGUCGGCGUUGGCGGCAUCAUGGAAUCUUUCAUUAUGGUUGUGAUGUGCUGCUCUUGUACCAUGCUGACUGCUAUCUCAAUGAGCGCCAUCGCUACCAAUGGAGUUGUGCCAGCUGGUGGAUCAUAUUACAUGAUCUCUCGAUCGCUUGGGCCGGAGUUUGGAGGAGCUGUGGGACUUUGCUUUUAUCUUGGAACCACAUUUGCAGGUGCCAUGUACAUCCUGGGAACCAUAGAGAUCCUGCUGACUUAUCUCUUCCCUGGCAUGGCUAUCUUUAUCGCUCAGGAAGCUAGGGAGGAACCUGCAGCAUUGCUCAACAAUAUGCGUGUUUAUGGCACAUGUGUGCUCACCUGCAUGGCCAUUGUAGUUUUUGUAGGAGUUAAAUAUGUGAAUAAGUUUGCCCUGGUUUUCCUGGGCUGUGUCAUCUUGUCCAUCAUCGCAAUAUACGCCGGGGUAAUCAAGUCCGCUUUCGACCCUCCAGAUUUUCCUAUCUGCCUUCUUGGUAAUCGUACACUCUCCAGGAAAGGGUUUGAUGUCUGUGCCAAGUUUAUUGACAGUGGCAACGAGACAGUCACCACCAAGCUGUGGGCUCUCUUCUGCUCCUCACCAUUCCUGAAUGCCACAUGUGAUACAUACUUCUCUCAGAACAACGUGACUGAGGUUCAGGGCAUCCCUGGUGUAGCCAGUGGUCUUAUUCGAGAUAACCUUUGGGCUGGUUAUAUGCAGAAAGGUAUCAUAGUGGAGAAACAAGGACUACGAUCUGCUCCUAAUUCAGAUGCCCUCAAUCUGGAUCAGCCUUAUGUUUUCAGUGAUAUGACCACCUACUUUACUCUUCUGGUGGGGAUCUACUUCCCCUCAGUUACAGGCAUUAUGGCUGGUUCCAACAGGUCUGGAGAUCUUCGGGAUGCCCAGAAAUCCAUCCCCAUUGGCACUAUUAUGGCCAUAGCCACCACAUCAUUUGUGUAUAUCUCUUCAGUUAUUUUAUUUGGAGCAUGCAUCGAGGGGGUUGUCUUGCGUGACAAAUUUGGAGAGGCGGUGAAUGGAAAUUUAGUGGUAGGCACUCUAGCAUGGCCAUCCCCUUGGGUCAUUGUGAUUGGAUCUUUUUUCUCUACAUGUGGGGCAGGUUUGCAGAGUUUAACAGGGGCCCCACGUCUUCUACAAGCAAUUGCUCGAGAUGGAAUUGUUCCGUUUCUCCAGGUCUUUGGUCAUGGGAAAGCUAAUGGAGAGCCAACAUGGGCCCUUCUCCUCACCGCCUGUAUCUGUGAGAUUGGUAUCCUCAUUGCAUCCCUGGAUGAAGUGGCUCCAAUUCUUUCAAUGUUUUUCUUAAUGUGUUACAUGUUUGUUAACUUGGCCUGUGCAGUGCAGACCUUGUUAAGGACUCCCAACUGGAGGCCUCGUUUCAAAUAUUAUCACUGGACUCUUUCAUUUCUUGGGAUGAGUCUUUGUCUGUCUCUUAUGUUUAUCUGCUCCUGGUACUAUGCUCUUGUUGCCAUGUCGAUCGCUGGACUUAUUUAUAAAUACAUUGAGUACAGAGGGGCAGAGAAAGAGUGGGGUGAUGGGAUCCGCGGUCUGUCCCUCAGUGCUGCUCGAUAUGCACUACUGCGGUUAGAAGAAGGGCCACCACACACGAAGAACUGGAGGCCUCAGUUGCUGGUUCUAGUACGUGUGGACCAGGAUCAAAAUGUUGUUCACCCGCAGCUCCUUUCAUUAACCUCUCAACUGAAGGCAGGAAAGGGUCUGACGAUUGUUGGCUCAGUGGUAGAGGGAACAUACUUAGAAAACCACCCUCAGUGUCAGCGUGCUGAAGAGUCUAUUCGCCGACUCAUGGAGGCAGAGAAAGUUAAAGGUUUCUGCAAGGUGGUUAUUUCAUCAAAUACCCGGGAUGGGAUUUCCCAUCUGAUUCAGUCUAGUGGACUUGGAGGCUUGCAGCACAAUACCCUGCUAGUGGGUUGGCCACGAAACUGGAGGCAAAAAGAAGACCACCAAACCUGGAGAAAUUUCAUUGAACUUGUAAGAGAAACAACUGCUGCUCACCUGGCUCUAAUUGUUAGCAAGAAUGUAGCUAUGUUCCCUGGAAACCUAGAGAGAUUUUCUGAAGGCAACAUUGAUGUUUGGUGGGUGGUCCAUGAUGGAGGAAUGUUGAUGUUACUGCCAUUCCUCCUGCGUCAUCACAAGGUUUGGAAGAGAUGUACAAUGCGCAUAUUUACUGUUGCACAGAUGGACGACAACAGCAUACAGAUGAAGAAAGACUUGACCACUUUCCUUUAUCAUUUAAGAAUUAAUGCUGAGGUAGAGGUGGUUGAAAUGCAUGACAGCGACAUCUCGGCCUAUACUUAUGAGAAGACGCUAGUUAUGGAGCAGAGGUCCCAAAUCCUAAAGCAGAUGCAUCUCACCAAAACUGAACGUGAACGUGAGAUUCAAAGUAUUACAGAUGAAUCCCGUGGAUCCAUCAGACGUAAGAAUCCUUCCAACUCCAGGCUGCACUUGAGCGUUCCAGAAGAGCAGGUGGGAGACUGUGAGGAGAAGUCCGAAGAAGAGGUACAGCUUAUUCAUGACAAAAAUACAACAGGCUUUUCAGAGAGUGCCCAGUCUCCAGCAGAAGAACCAGACACAACUCAAGAGAAAGUGCACCUUACCUGGACUAAAGACAAAUGCACAGCAGAAAAAAACAGUAGUAAAUGUCCCAGCACUCCAGAGGCCAUUAAAGAUUUCUUCAACAUGAAGCCUGAAUGGGAAAACUUAAACCAGUCAAAUGUACGAAGAAUGCACACAGCUGUGAAACUCAAUGAAGUAAUUGUGAAAAAAUCCCAUGAUGCAAAACUGGUUCUACUAAAUAUGCCUGGACCACCCCGCAACAGGAAAGGGGACGAAAAUUAUAUGGAGUUUUUAGAAGUCCUCACAGAGCACCUGGAUCGGGUUAUGUUGGUUCGUGGUGGAGGACGCGAGGUUAUUACCAUCUACUCUUGAAGAGCAGAUGUUGGAUGAAGUUUUUGUGGCACUCAGCAGGGUCCUUCAACCUCUCUCCACAUCCCAUGGCACCUGGGAAGUUAGAGGAGAGGAUGAAAAGGCAAGUGGUUAGUGCUCACAAUCUUCACCUGCUUCCACCAUUUCCCUAUAAUGCCCUUACAUGUGAACUGCAGCAACAGAUCUUCCAUUCCAGCACAAGUGCAACUGUUCCUCAUAUAUUCAUCAGCGUGCCACUGAUGAAGUUUAUAUAUGAAUAUUUACAUACAGUCUAUGUACGUUUCUUAAACUGAGCCGCACUGCUUAAGACGCUACCAAUACUGGCCCCCUUUGUGCAUCCUGUGAUCCACUGUUACACCAAUCUCUCCCUGACACAGGCAUGAAGAUGACGUAUUUUACUAGCAGAAGGCCAGAGAAAUUGUUUACUCAUACCUCUGGUAAUAAAGACCAGUUUCAUUUAUUGAGGAACUGGUGUGACAAGCAAAGGGAGAGAGAGGGGUAUUCACCAGCAUGCUUACCUUUCCAAAUGUUCCUCUCUCCAAGCUCUUUUCUUGGGUGCCACUAUGUUCUCCUCGGCUUUCGCAUGUUUAUUCAGCCAGAAACAUGAGGAACAGCAGAGAAGUGAGUAACGCUAUGUCAAAGACAUUAAAUAUUUAUGCAGACUGCACCCCUAAAAAAGGAACAUGAGGUGGGAGGAGGCAGAUAAGGAACUAGGGGAUCCAGUUUACAAGAAUCCAGCUUACACAGCUGGGCUGAGGACCAUAAGAUUGAGAAAACCAACCAAGGGCUGUCUCCCUCAGAAAAUGGUGUGUGAUGCCGAGGAGUAUGUUGCAAUAAUAAUUUGAUGCAAAAAAAAAAAAUAAUAGAAAAAAAUUAGAAACAUGUCUAUCUGCCUUUACUGUUAACUGAACCCUUUGCGUUCUGUAUUAUUUUUUGAUUAAAGGCUGUGCUGGGGGAAUAGUGCACAUCAAUUCCAUCGACAUUUAACUGAGCCAUUAAGCCCCAUAUUUUGUCUAUUAUAUCCUUAGAGCAUAAGUGGCAGGGAACCACUCUGCACCCUUCAGAGACUGUGAGCUGCUCCCAUUCUCUCACUUGUUUAAAAGUGCAUGAUCUAUUAUAGAGACAGCCAAUGUAACACUCACAUCACUCUGUACCUCAAUCACCCUUAUUUGUUUCAGCAGUGUUAUAUGUGCUUGCUUUCCCCACCUUCUUAUAAAUGAUUUGCCCAUUACCUGUUUGGAAGGUCUAGACGUAGCAGUGAUUGGAAUUCUAGAUGUCACGUUAAAAAGUCUUUGAAAAUAUAAUUUAUAAUAUUGUUUGACAUAUAAUUAUUAAAUGUAUCUAUUAUUGGCAGUGUGCAUACAUGUUUGGAUGAUCACUUAAUCUGUCAUAACUAAGUCAUACUUGUUAUGCAAUGUCUAAUCUUGCACAACAAGGAUGCAAUCUGAAAAGAAUGGCCAACACAAUACCAGUUGUCGAAAGCUAGCCAUACACUGGCCAGUGAAGUUGUUUGAUAAGGUCAUGACAGCAAGAUUAUCUUUGCCCAGUCUGACCAACCAAAUGGUGGGCCAGAUCAGUCUUCUCCAAUCACUUGGCCCUCUAUCCAACAAUUAGAUCACAACAGGGCUCUGUGCAAUCCUGUCAGGAUGCAUCAGCAGCCCAUUGCAAUCCUCUACCCAUGGGAUUUUCAAACUGCCUGACAUCUGCCCAAUCCUGAAUCAGAUAAAAGUCAUAAGGCUAAGGUUUUAGACCCACACACAGGCCGGCAAGUUGCAUUCUGAAGUGGCCAAGUUUGGCAGCCAAUGUCGCCCUGUGCAUGGACAGUUUAAAGGGGCAGUUUGUCUAAAGAACUUUUAUGUAUGUUUAAUAGGAUAAAGACCAAAAGUAAGCAACUCUAUAGAAAUACAUUUUUGUAAGUAAAAAAAUAAAUGCAGUGUUUCUGCACUGCCUUAACAGACUCUUCUAUUUUUGCUAGAAUGUCUUUUCCUACUAGGGUCAGGGUAAUUUACCUGUAUCUCUCUGUAUGAACACUGAAAUACACAUUUUACCUUAUAGCUCAUAAAACAGAUGUGUCUCCCUUUUGAGAGAGUGCCACUUAUCUUCUGGGGCAAAUGUCCUAGUUGGGAAUUAUUUUUAUUUUAACAUAAAUGCUUUCUAAUGAGCUGUGUAUUGAAAUAGCUUAAAUAUAUAGCAGACAAUUUUGUGAUCAAAAAUUAGCAAUCCUGCUAUACAGUAAUUAAAGGUAAUGCAAAUGCCCUUCACCAAAAAUGAUAGUUUAUAUAAAUUUGUGCAAUAUGAUGAAAGUACUCAAAUUUUAUUUACCUUGACAAAACAAAAUCACUUAAUAUAUAUAAAGAUGUAAACUUGCUUAAUAUCUUGCCCUUAAUGUUUAAGUUCAGCAGGCAUCGAUUCAGGUUUUUAAUAAUUUCACCAAUUAAAUUUAUUGCUUUAAAAGACACAGGACAUUCUUUAGUUGGCAAGUUUCUGUAAUAUACUUGAAUAAAAUGGGAGUUUUGGUGACUACACAGGAUGGCAAUAAUAUGGAAUCUCUUCAGUUUUGAUAUCGCAAAGGUUACAUAGGAAAAAACUUUUAGCAGUUGACAACAAAUUAGUACAGAAUUAAGGCCAACCAAGUUGGCAGCUUAUUGGCCAAUAUUUGGGGCCAGCCCGAGUGCUAUCUGACCUAAAAUCAGGCAAAUAUCCAUCAGGCUGGUUUGAUUUUCCCAUUGAGCUAGGACAUUGGUACAUUGAUGUGGUCCUUAUCCUUGACGGCAGCUAUUAUUAUCCGAUAGUUGGCCCGAGGGCCAAAUGAUCGGAUCUCCCUAUAAAUCGCCCAUCUCAUGUAUGCAUGUUGCAUGUAUGGCCACCAUAAGUCAUAAAGAGCUUUAGGUAAGGGCUGUAGAUAAAAAAAGAGUCUGGAUAGGAGUGCAUCUCCCUGAUGGAAUCAAGUUAAGCUAGACAUACACAAAGCUUACCAAACUAGCACUGGGCCAAAUCAGAAUGAGCCAAUCGUUGGCCCUGGGACCAACAUCUGGGUGGGGUGGGGUCUACAGAGAAGUGUCUAAUGAGGACCUCAUCUGCUGAUGUGGUCCUUGCCUGAUGGGAUUUUCAAACCCGCCCAAUAUAUAUCUGGCUAAUUUUGACCCAGAUAUCAGUAGGGCAGGCCAACGGUUGGCCUCAUACACAGGCGAAUAAGCUGUGGGGCUGAGUAUGGACAGCUCUAGUCUGCAGUGCCUGGGUAAUAUAUUAAAAAUAAGCCUUUCUGCUUAAAGUAUUUUAGUUCAUGCUUUAAUGUCUCUUCACAUGUAAGUCAACCUGGUAUUGUGACAAUAUUGGAACUAUAGAAGGAUUUCCAGCUUUUCCUGAUGACUGAAAUAUAUUUAUUUCUUUUUUUAAAGUCAAUUUAUAAAUUCAAAAACUUUAGAAAGUAGAGAAAAGAACUGUGCUUGUUACAAUUACUGCAGAUUCCAGGCAUUUUGGCUUCAAAAGUUUUUCUUGAUACUGUGCACAAGUGUAAUAGAUUAUGUCCUGGACAGAUGAACAGAAAACGUGGGGAUUAAUGAGCAAUAUGUAUUAAAGUGCUCAACAAGUGCUUGUGCUCUUGCUUUUAAAGGGAAGAAGUAUUUUUGACAGAAGAAAGUGUUCUCAUUAAAUGGCAAGCUACAUUUAGUCCGCUGGUAUUAAUGUUCUUGUGUGUUGCCAUUGUUUAAGAUACCCCUUAGAGGGUAUACAUCCCUUCUCCCUCAGAUCAGUUGGUUUGCUUGGAAUUUGAGCACUUUUAUUACUUGUUCCAUGAAGUGCCUAGAAGUGGAAUUGUUGGCUCUUCUCCCCUUGUUUCCUGUCUUGAUCUUGUAGAGUAGGGCAGCACUUAGGUCUGUACUAUCCACCCAGUUUAUGGUGGUUUAUGUUGAGCUGUCACAGCGCAUACUCAUUCAAGUUCUACAUUUAAAUGAAGGAUAUAAAGUCACCCCACAAAGUGUUGGGAUUCAAACAGAAUCUCUUAAAAGAAGAACUUUAUAUUUAUUAUUAUUAUAAAAUAUUAUAUUUGUUUGGCAUAUAGGAGAUACAAGCCCCAGUUUGCCCAGCCAACAGCUCCAUUUCUGAUCCUCUUGAAACCAAUGCAGUCAUGCUGUGCUCUGCCAAACUGCAUUGGGAGCCAUCAGAGUGAAUUGCUGUGCCUUAUAAAGGAUUCUAUUACAAUCCUUACACUUUGGGGAAUGAUUUUACAUAUCCUUUAAAGAGCUUGUUGUUCCUAAAAGCCAAACUUUGCUCAUGUCCCAGUCAAACAGCUACAGCUGUAUUUUCUCAUAUUAGAUCAGACGUUGUUGACUUUUUCUAUUUUUGUUAUUUAGGCAUUUUUGGCAGGAUUCGUCUGAAUCUAUGCCUUGGGCCAAACCAAAUCCUUAAAAUCAUGUGACUUUUUGUCACAUAAACAAGGAAGCUGAAAAUUUUCCACUGCACGCAGUUCUCUUUAGCCCUUCCUUAUCCUGAUGUGCAUAUGCGUCAUGAACAGCGCCAUAUAAAACAGAACUGUUUGGCUCAAGUGUGGACAGAUGGAAAUCCUAGGUAUAUUUUCUCCACUGGCAUGUCAUUUAUAGUGAUUCAAACAUGAAGAAACAUGGUUUAAACAGCUCUAAACAUCUAUAAGUGCUGCCUACUAUUCUCUAGACCAAGUAUCCAGCCAACACGUAUAUAUAGUAUACAUAAAGCAGAUAUCCAAAUCCAAGCAAGAACCUCCACUGACAUGAUAUAUGCAGGAGCACUUUCUUACAAGGUCAGAAUUUGUCAGCAUUCUCCAUUAUUCAUGCAGUAGCCUAGAGAACACAUGCUUUCUUGCUUCUAUGCAGACAUAUCAGGGACCUUUCAGAAAAAGAGUAUUUGUAUCCCCAGUAAAUGAAGUAGAGCAAGAAGCUGCAGGCCCUCCUCAGCCACUAGCACUGACAGUCGUUGCCAGGCACAUUGCUACUGUAUUACAGGAUGCUAAUGGGCGGAGAGCAGGCUUUCUGCUCUAGAAUCUUCCAGUGCUCCAAAUGCUGCUAAAAAGCAUGUUGUGAAUCAUAUAUUUUCUUUUUGUCUGAAACUUGAAUCUCAUAAUUAAUAUGGCAGCUUAGCUUUUGGAAGACAGUGACCUAAAGGGGUAUUUGGAUUUACAAGUUGCACUACAAAACCAGAAUAUCUGGCCGUCACAGUUAAACUUCAGCAGCAGGAUACUGAAAAGCUUAAGUCUCCUAUGGAUUUAAUCAACAUUGUGAUAUUUGUGCAAUAUAUAUAUGUGUGUAAUGGAAAGUCUCUUAACUAACUCCCCGAAAGCACUGUUUUAUGUACCACCCAGUGACUAAUUGAGUGUAGUGGUAGUGUUUAAAAUGCUUUCAAAAUUAUGUUCACAAAAUUCAACUCAAAACCUUGUACAGAUGUUACCGUUAGGAAACCAAAUGAAACACUGCUAUAUAUAAAAAUAUAUAAAAAAAAUAAUAUAUAUAUAUAUAAAAUGGCUGCUUUUUGUUUGUGUACCUUUUUCUUCUGUAAACAGAAUUGUUUCAUGUUUUGUGUAGGUAUAAAUAGUGUGGUUUAUGUGACAGAAUGCUGAGUUAUUCAUCAUACAGCUUUAAUGUACCAAUUUUUGUUUGGAGACUGCGGUCAGCACAAAAUGCAAUAAACUUAAAUUUUACUACACCC